GGCCGAGAAAGAAAGAGAGAAAAAAAAGCUCAAAACCUAGCGGCCGUAAAGGAGAGCGCAGAGCCGAAGUUCAUCCUAAAGCCCAUUAAUCCCUUCCUCCCUCGUGGUUUGAAAAUCUUUCGCCUCUGAUUCGCGCGGCCUCUCCUCCCUCCUUACUCUACCAAUCAAUCAUCCAUCCUGGUUUAGGCUCCUUGUCGAUCUUUACCCCCUCCCACGAUCUGCAAUCCUACCGAGAGGACUUUUUCCACAAGAGGAUUAUGGAUAACAACACUUCUUCUUUGAUGCUCAUUGAUAACAACGGUUCAUUUGAGAUUGAUGACAAAUCCCAUAUGGAUUUGGUCACCACCACCACCACCAGGCCCACUGAUGCUGCUGCUGCAGGGGAUACCGACGACGGCGGCGGCUCUCUGCUGUCUCAGCCUGGUAUACGCCGCAGGAGAAAAAAGUCAAUGGUCUGGGAGCACUUCACCAUCGAAACCACCAGCCCCGGCUCCUCCAAGGCUUGCUGCAAGCACUGCAGGAAGUCAUUCGCCUACAUCACCGGCCAGAAGCUCGCCGGAACGAGCCACCUCAAGCGUCAUAUUCAGUUGGGUAUAUGCCCAAUGAGCCGAGGAGGCGAUCAGCUCACGCAAAUCUCUCCUGAUGCCAAAGAUGUUGUCGUUACCACCCCUCCCAAGAAACGUCAGAGGGCUUCUUCUACGCCCCUGAACGCUCCUCUAGAUCAAGACCGUUGCUACGGCGAGAUGGCGAAGAUGAUUAUUAUGCAUGAGUACCCUCUCCACAUGGUUGAGCAUUCUGGAUUCGCCGGUUUCGUCCGCGCCCUUCGUCCCCAGCUCGGUAUGGCGACCUUCCACGCCAUCCACGCUGAUUGUGUUGCUAUCUACUUGUCAGAGAAGCAGAAGCUCUCGGCCUUCAUCGGCGAGAUCCCGGGCCAGGUGAACCUCACCGUGGAUUUGUGGUCGUCGAAUCAGUCUGUGGGGUACGCGUUUGUGACGGGGCACUUCAUUGAUAAGGACUGGAAUCUGACUCGCAGGCUUUUGAACGUUGCGCUUGUUCCUUCCCCUGAUUCGGAUUUCGCCUUGAACCAGCCUGUUGCGGCUUGUUUAGCGGACUGGAAUCUCGAGAGGAGGCUCUGCAGCCUCACUGUUGGGGGAUCGCUGGUGAAUAAAAGCGCUGUUGAGAACCUCAGGUGCUGUUUGUCUGCCAGGAACCAGCAUGUCAUGAAUGGUCAGCUGUUGCUGGGGAGUUGCUACGCCCGCCUCCUGAGCAGUAUGGCGCGCGACGCGCUUGGGGCUGAGGAUCUUCAGACUCCCAUUAAAAAGGUUCGUGAUAGCGUGAAGCAUGUGAAGACCAGAGACAGUUGCUCUGAGAGGUUUGAUGAACUGAAGGCGCAGCUUCAGACGCGUUCUGAAAAAGAUCUCCGCAUUGACAACCAGACGAAAUGGGACACGACUUACAGUAUGUUGUUGGCUGCGUAUGAACACAAGGAAGUGUUUUCUUGUCUGGGAAACUGUGAUCUUGAAUAUAAAAUUUCGAUCUCUCCUGAAGAAUGGAGGAAGAUUGAGGUGCUUUGCUCCUGCUUGAAGAUUCUUUUUGACGCGGCUAGUGUUUUGACUGGUCCAACACGACGAUUGACAGCAAACGAUCUGUACCAUGAGAUGACAAAGCUUCAGCUAGAGCUAAGCCACGCAGCCAUGAGUGAAGAGCCAGAUGUCAGAAAUCUGGCGACUCCAUUAAGAGAGAAGUUUGAUGAGUACUGGAGAGGAUGUUUCCUGCUACUGGCAGUUGCUGUUGUGAUGGAUCCGCGCUUCAAGAUGAAGCUUAUUGAGUUUAGUUUCUCUAAGGCUUAUGGGGAAGAUGCAGAAAAAUGGAUCAGGAGCGUUGAUGAUGCUGUACAUGAACUGUACCAUGACUAUGCUGAACAGAGUCACUCCCUGUUAGAGGCUUAUGUGGGCCACGGGAAUGAUGGCUUUUCUGAAACAGAAGUUCACUUUCAUCCUGAAUACAACCAUUCCAACGAGCUUUCACAUGAUCAAAUAUAUGAACAGCCUGGAGGAGAUAGCAAUAUGCUGAAUGAAAAGCCAAGAGACCAUGCUUUAGACGGUCAUGAGUCUCAAGAAGCUGCUCAGACUGACCAGACCCAGCUGGUUGAGGAACUCCCGCUGGAAAACCAGCAAGUGGAGGAUACAGAUAUGACUCAGGAAACGCAGCCGGUGGAUGAAAUACUCGAGGACACUCAAUCAGUGCAAGAACUGGCCCAGGAGGCACAAUUGGUGGAGGAGAAGCAUGCUGACAGUGACAUUCUUGUUGAGGAAGUAGAACAUGAGACACAACCGGUGGAGGAAAUGGUCCAGAACACUGAACCAGUUGAGCAAGUGGUUCAGGAGGCACAACUGGUGGAAGAGAAGCAUGGUGACAGUGACAUUCAGCCUGUUGAGGAACUGGGACAUGAGACACAGCCGGUGGAGGAAAUGGUCGAGAACACUGAACCAGUUGAGGAAGUGGCUCAGGAGGCACAACUGGUGGAAGAGAACCAUGGUGACAGUGAGAUUCAGGCUGUUAAGGAACUAGAACAUGAGACACAACCGGUGGAGGAAAUGGUCGAAAACACUGAAUCAGUUGAGGAAGUGGCUCAGGAGGCACAACUGGUGGAGGAAAAGCAUGAUGACAUUCAGCCUGUUGAAGAAGCAGAACAUGACACGCAGCCAGUAGAGGAAAUAAUAGAGGACAUUCAGCCAGUUGAGGAUUUGGCGCAGGAGGCACAACCAGUGGAAACCAUUCCCGAGCACAUCAAAAAUCCACAAAACGGUGAUUCUCAAUCACAUGCAAUGCCGCAGGAAGAAGCUGCGUUUACAAUCUCUCAAGAAGGUCACCACGUUGACGUCCUUCUCCAGGAAGGCCAUCACCUUGAAGCCUCUUCGCAGGAGUUUCCCCUCAUUACCAUUGGAGAUGGAUUCUCAGACUUUGAGCUUUACAUCUCUGAGGUAGGGAGUCGCGAGCAGAUGAAAUCGGAGCUCGACCAAUACCUGGAGGAAUCUCUGAUACCGCGAUCACCAGACUUUGAGGUUUUGGGCUGGUGGAGCCUGAACCGAACCAAGUACCCCACCCUCUCCAAGAUGGCAGCUGAUGUCUUGUCCUUACCAUUUUGCACUGUCUCUCCUGAUUCUGUUUUUGACACUGACGUGAAAAAGAUGGACAACUACAGGAGCUCUCUUGGACAUGUGACCUUGGAAGCUCUCUUCUGCGCCAAGGAUUGGCUCAUGCACGCUUCAAACGCUUCCACCUCUGAGAACAAUAUGAAGAGGGAACCGUGAGGGUAUCCCUUCUAUCUUUCCUUUUCCUUGGACUUAGUUUAAGCGUACUGUAUUUUGUUGUGGCCUCUAGGCUAAUUUGGAUUUGUGUUUGCUUAUGCUUUUUUUUACCAUCUCUCUUUCGGGGCUUUUGAGCAGCACCCUUGUUAGACAUGAUUUGAUAUUACAAUUUGGUAUCGUUAUUUUUUUUUAUUGGCUCUCUCA